CGAACCUCAGCGCCCGGUCGCGUCUGUGGGGACCAGACCCGCCCCGCCCAGCGCCGCACCUCCCAGCUCCGCGAGCCCCGCCGCGCCGUCCCGCCGCUCUGUCCGGGAGCGAGCCCCUCGUCCCGCGCUCGGGGUCCGAGAUGGCUUCUGUGACUGAUAGUAAAACUGGAGUCAAAGAUGCCUCUGACCAGAAUUUUGACUACAUGUUCAAACUGCUUAUCAUCGGCAACAGCAGUGUUGGCAAGACUUCCUUCCUCUUCCGCUAUGCUGACGACACCUUCACCCCGGCCUUCGUCAGCACUGUGGGCAUCGACUUCAAGGUGAAGACAGUCUACCGUCAUGAGAAGCGAGUGAAGCUACAGAUCUGGGACACAGCUGGGCAGGAGCGGUACCGGACCAUCACAACAGCUUAUUACCGUGGUGCCAUGGGCUUCAUUCUGAUGUAUGACAUCACCAAUGAGGAAUCCUUCAACGCUGUCCAAGACUGGGCUACUCAGAUCAAGACCUACUCCUGGGACAAUGCACAGGUUAUUCUGGUGGGGAACAAGUGUGACAUGGAAGAAGAGAGGGUUGUUCCCACUGAGAAGGGCCGGCUUCUCGCAGAGCAGCUUGGGUUUGAUUUCUUCGAAGCCAGUGCCAAGGAGAACAUCAGUGUGAGGCAGGCCUUCGAGCGCCUGGUAGAUGCCAUUUGCGACAAGAUGUCUGAUUCACUGGACACGGACCCCUCUGUGCUGGGCACCUCCAAGAACACGCGUCUCUCAGACACCCCGCCACUGCUGCAGCAGAACUGCUCAUGCUAGGCAAGGCCCACUCUCCUAAACUCCCCUCUUUGUGGCCCCACACCCACUCUGCUUCUCCCUGUUACACAGUGUCCACUCCCAGCCCAGAGCAAGCUGAGUUGCUGCUGUUCUUUGCCUGUCCCUGGGGUUCUCUGCAGAUGACCCCAAUGAUAGACACUCAGCACAAGACUUAACAGGUCACUACGUGGGUGAAGAUUCACUUUAUAAAAGAAGACUCUAUUUUACGAAGGGGAUUCACUAUAGGGACUUGGAAAGUGAGUCUCUUUUCUGCCUUUAAAAUGAGAGUUCCUCCAUUUACCAAAAUUCGACACACAUACACAAACACUUUUCAGGGACUGGCUAACUGUGUAAAGUGAGGCUCACCCGCACAGCUAAUCCUAUUAAAGAAAACGUCCCAAAGCAUGACAUGAUUGUUUCAUAGCAGGCUCCCUGUGGAGCCUUCUCUCACUGCAAGUCAAGCUCUGACUCUCAAAGCCUCGUGCUGGUUACCGCGGAUGCCCACAGGGCCCGAGUAGUUGCUGUGGUGACAGGCCAGAGCUAAUCUUCAGAGAGCUCAGACUCUCUAAUGAUGCCGAAGGAGCAAAGGCUGAGUCAGAAACACACUUAAAAGCGAAAGAUUAUCCCCUGCAAAAUGUCAAAGGUUCCUACUACAUGAAAGAGCAAGCAAGUGAGCGCAAGAAAGACAAAGAGGAGAAUAGAAACACAGGCAAGAUAAAGAAACAGAUCAUGAGUUUCUGAUUUUGCUGCUUUCCAGAGGGCUCUUAACUAUGGGGACUUCAUGAAAUUUGGUCAUUGGUUCUUAGACUCCUAGAAUAUGAAAAUUUUAGAGUUGGUGGGACCCCCAAAUUUACCUAGUUUAACUAAUCAAUUCUAAUCUUCCUAUCUCUAACAGUGACCGUCAGGCCUCACAGCCAAAUCCCUUCCUUCUAAAGCACACCUCUAGGCAGGGACCCAUUGUUCACACCAUCUUUGGCAGUUCUCAUAGUCAGAAAGUUUUCCUUAAUUAGGGUCAAACCUGCCUCCUGGAAAUUCUUCUUUCUCUUCCCACCCCAUUUGCACUGGCUCCACUGUCAGAGACCUCUGCCCUGUGACACUCUUAGAUGAUUUGAGAACAGGAAUUAUGACCCCUGGGACCUGCCUUUUCUCUGGGUCAAAUACCUUUAUAAUUCCAUCUGCCAUUCUUAUAGGGUCUUCUCCCCAUCCUGCCCCUUUUAUCCAACCCAUCUUUCAAUUACUCUUGAGCAGUCUAACUGGAAAAUGUGAUUCAAAGCAGAAUAAAUAUAAACGGGGCAUGACCCUGAAAAUCUUGGGAAAAAUGAACUCAGAGGUCCCAAUCCCAACUCCAUUCUCCUGGGAGUGAAACUUUAGUUUCUACCAAAGAGCAGAUGUGAAACCACUUCUGGCAGAAGGCCCUUAAUUAAACACCUAAAGAAAAAAAGAAAAGAAACUCUAAGACCAGAAUGGAUUAGCUCAUGAUUCUAGCUUACUUGGCCACAGGCACAUAUUUGGGUUCUGGCUGAAACAAUGAAAUGGAACUGGCUAUGAUUCCAGAAAAUCUUUCUUCUCAACCAUGGCCUGAGUCCUUAGCCUCCCCUUGCACUAACACGCCACCUCAAAAGUCCGUGUGGUAGGGGAGAGUCUCUCCCUAGUUUUAUCUCCCUUUCAAAUGCAGCUCAUUGUCCUAGGAAAGAGCAUUAACUAACAAGUCCAAUGACUAAAUAAAAGGACCAUCCAGAGUCAGCUCUAUGGAGAUGUUGCUUUUUUUAAUGCAGUUCGAAGGACAGAGUUUUGGACUUGGAAUCAGGAAACCUGGACUGUCCCAUUAAAUCAAGAGCGACUCUGGACCAGUUAUUCCCCAUCUCUUCGUCUUGAUUUCCUAUUUAUAAAAUGAGGGAGUUUGUUUGGAUGAUCUUUAAGGUCCCUUCCAGCACUAGUAAUUCUGUGACUCUUUUUUUUUCCACCUUUACUAUUUGAUUUGAUCUGCCAAACAAACCCAAGGGAUCAGGAUCACCAUCUCAAUUUUAUUUUAGCUAACACUGAUGUCAUGCUUACUCUGCACUAGACAUUGUUCCAGGUACUUUACAUAUAUUAACUCUUUUAUCUACCCAACAUCUUUGUAAAGGAGGCACUAUAAUCAGCCUCAUUUAAAGAUGAGGAAAUGAAGGUACAAAGAAAUUAUAGCCUGCCUAAGGUCACAUAAUGAGUAAACAGUAGAGCUGGAGUUCAAACCCAGGCAGUAGGCUCCCGGGUCUGUGCUCUUAACCACAUUCCAUAGUGCAUCUUUUAUAGAUAAACUAUGAUCUGGAGAGGUUAAGAGACUUGGAUCACAUCACUAGCGAGUGUUAAAGACACAUUAGGAUUCAAUUCCAGGGCCGUCAGAUUCCAAAUCCACUGGAGAAGACUUAUAUCUCUAAUCUAUUAACAAAUUGCUCCACAACUCACACUAAUCUGAGGUGAUGUCUAAUGCUUAGGAAAGGACAGUCAGUUUCUGAGGCAACUCCAUCCGGUGGGCCUGAGCAAAAAAAAUGCCUAGUGCCUUUCAGGCCCAAAUGCUGACUUUCCCAGGAUCUGCCCCUGCCAGGUAAUACUAAUCAGGCUCCCAAGCAGUGCUCUGAGCAGCCUCCAUACUCCAGCAGUGGGGCAUUUUGGAGGAGUGACUUAAUUAACUUUUCUGACCAUGGAAGAAUACAGUCCCUUCACAGGGCAGUGGUUCUGGAUGUGCUUUUUACAUUGUAAAGUCACAUACAGUGUCAUGGAUAAUAACUAUUUUUUCUGGAUAGUAACACCCAUCUACCCCAGUACUAGGAUUUCAGACAAAGGUCCUCAUGACCCCUGGAUAUUUUUGUACCUAUAUCAAAUAAUCUUUUCUCUCCUACUGAAUACCUAGGUAAAGAAUGAGUCUUUUUCUUUAAAACUGUCAAAUUCUUUAAAACUCAGGAGCCAGCUCAAGGGAACAAGCAUCUUCACAGCAGACGGAAUCAAGAGGUAAAGGUUAUUGUGGCAAACUCUUCUGGGCACCAGACAACCAGACCUGCUUGUUGUUAGCUGGCAACUCCACCAUCCCUGCUCUGUGACCUCAUUUCUGUCAAGUGGAAGGCAGCAACUUCCAGCUGAUUGCAGCAUAAUGUUCAUCAAUCACAGUAAUAGUGCAAUUAAGCACCAAGGUUCGAGCUGCAUAAUAUGUGUUAGUGGCAACUUGUCUUGGAUUUCAUCUUCCUAAACAAUCCAAAUAAAAGAAGAUUAAAAAAAAAAAACAACUCUUGACCUCUAAUGAGGCAAAAGUAGGCCAAAAGUGCAAUACAGUAUUGUAGUUAUUUACAGAAUCUGUUUUAAGUGCAUGUGUAUCUGUAAAUACAAAGUGACUUGUGACUUAUUAUUGUCUCCUCAGUCUGUAGCAUUAUUAACUUCCAGGAGCAGCAAUGCCAUAGAGUGUACUGAAUGAUCACAGACUUGUUGAAUAUUAAAUGUGGAAGGAAAUUUAGA